AUGGUCCAGGGGAGGGAAUGGAAGAGGCAACAAGGGGGGGGCCCUCGAAGAGCGGCAAUGAACGCCGUCGUGUACGAUGGUCCAGCCUGGCCAGUAGAGAUUGACGAAGAUUCCAAGCACGAAAGCCAGACAGGGAACGACAAGAAGGGCGGCGAUAUGUGGCCGAGACCACAUCCAAGCCCGGAGCGGAGGAUUGAGAUGCCGGCAGAGAGCGAGACCUUGGGCACGAACGGACACUCGUCCGGUGCCGAGGAGCGUGAUGCCGAGAUGGCGGGACCAGAAGAGAUGGAAUGGAAUGGACGGGGGUGA